AGUCUUUCCAGAGGAGGAGGAGAUCAAAAUGACCAAGUUCAAGGAGGCAUUGACAUUCCAGGACGUGGCUGUGAUCUUUACAGAGGAGGAGUUGGGGCUGCUGGAACCUGCACAGCAAAAACUGUACCAGGACGUGAUGCUGGAGAAUUUCCAGAACUUUCUUUCCGUGGGUGAGGAUGAGUCCCAAGGGACUGAACUUCACCUGCCUUGGGGGUGGCAAGCUGGGCAUCAGUUUUUCACACCAAAUGUGCUGUCCCAGUUGGAGAGAGAAGAAAAGCAUUGGAUGCUAAAGACAGCCCCCUGCAGUGACAACAGCUUGGGAAACAAGACUCUGAAUGCAUUGGAGUCUCUUCAGGAAGUUGGCUCAAAGGCCCUGCCACCUGGAGAGACUUCCUGCUCAUCAAUGUGGCAACAGGUGACAAAGGAGUUGACCAGAUGUCAGGAAUCCAUAGUAAAUGUUCACAUAGCCACCUCUCAGUUGGAAAAACAAGGUGAUGCCCUCUCAAAAAAUGAGAGCUGUGGCAAACGCUUCUAUCCAAAUACACAUCUUCAGGUGCAUCACAGGAUUCACAGUGAAGAUAAACCCCCUGAAGGGGAGGAAGGUCUGGUUCCCGGCAUUCCUCUUCAAGAGAACCAGGUGGCCCUGGCAGGCCAGCAGCCCUACAGAUGUGAAAAAUGUGCCAACACCUUCCAUUGGCUGUCAAGUCUUCAAGCCCAUCAGAAAAUCCACAGCAGAGAGAACUCACCCAGGCAUAACACGCUGUGUAAGGGUUUCUCUCAGGAGAUCCCAUUUUCUCACCAACGUGUCACUCCCAGAGAGAACCCACACUUAUCUGAAGAGCAGGGGAUGGAUGUACAAGAAAGCUCACAGGACCAUGAGCUAGAGAAUUCCCACAAGUGUGAGAAAUGUGGGCUAGUCUUCAGUCAGGGCGAGUCACUGCGAACUCACCAACGGCUUCACAGACGGACCAGACCUUACCACUGCAGUGAGUGUGGGAAAGGCUUCAGCUGGCUCUCCCGACUCCAGGCGCACCAGCGGGUCCAUACUGGGGAGAAGCCCUUCAAGUGCGAGGUAUGUGGCAAGUGCUUUAGUUACAGCUCCCACUUCAAUAUUCACUGCCGGGUCCACACUGGGGAGAAGCCUUACAAAUGCGAGGAGUGUGGGAAAGGCUUCAGCGUGGGUUCCCACCUACACGCCCACCAGACGAGCCACACAGGCGAGAAGCCGUACAAAUGUGACGAAUGCGGCAAAGGCUUCUGCCGUGCUUCCAACCUUCUGGACCACCAGCGAGGCCACACUGGUGAGAAGCCCUAUCAGUGUGAGGCCUGCGGGAAGGGCUUCAGUCGGAGCUCGGAUUUUAACAUCCAUAUCCGUGUGCAUACGGGAGAGAAGCCGUACCGGUGUGAUGAGUGCGGGAAGGGCUUCAGCCAGGCCUCCAAUCUGCUGGCCCACCAGAGGGGCCACACGGGAGAGAAACCCUACAAGUGCGACUCCUGCGGGAAAGGCUUCAGUCGGAGUUCGGAUCUGAGUGUGCACUGCCGGAUCCACACCGGAGAGAAGCCCUAUAAAUGUGAGAAGUGUGGCAAGGCCUUCAGCCAGUUUUCUAGUCUUCAGGUGCAUCAGAGGGUCCACACGGGCGAGAAGCCCUAUUGCUGUGCGGAGUGUGGCAAGGGCUUCAGCGUGCGGUCCCAGCUCCAGGCCCACCAGAGGUGUCACACGGGCGAGAAGCCGUACCAGUGUGAGGAGUGUGGGAAGGGCUUCUGCCGGGCCUCCAACUUUCUGGCUCACCGUGGUGUGCAUACAGGUGAGAAACCCUACCGCUGUGAUGUGUGCAGCAAGCGCUUCCGGCAGAGGUCCUACCUCCAGGCCCACCAGAGAGUGCAUACGGGGGAAAAGCCAUACAAGUGCGAAGACUGCGGCAAGGUCUUUACCUGGGGUUCGUACCUACAGGCCCAUCAGCGAGUCCACACGGGGGAAAAGCCCUAUAAGUGUGAGGAGUGCGGGAAAGGCUUCAGUUGGAGCACGAGUCUUGUCACUCAUCAGCGUGUCCAUGCUGAUGCUAAGAGCGGUAAAGACUUGGCCUCAUUAGGCAAUUCCUGUCGGAGGGAAACUCAGUAAGAUGCUCUUUAUUUCUCAGACAGAGUUCCACAAGUGACCAAUCCUCAGGCCUGUCAUUGUUUUCUUUAUCAACUAUAUCAGAACUUGGUUUGAUCAGAGGGCAUUAUUCAGAUCUGGCUUUGGGUCCACACCGCAGGAAAGUCUCAUGAAGAAUGGAGACAUCAGGACUCGGUUUAGAAAUGUGAUACAUGACAGAUU